CGUACUUCAUCAAGAUAUCUACCUGCCAAGCGGCUUCGAAUCCUUUGAACUUCAGUAAUAAUGGGUGGUGGAGAUCUCAACAUGAAGAAGUCGUGGCACCCUCUCCUACUCAAGAAUCAGGAGAGGGUGUGGCUCGAGGAGAAGAAGGCACUGGCAGAGAAGAAGAAACUUGACCAGCUGCGAAAGGAGCUUGAAGAAGAAAGGCAACUCCAAGAACUGCAGAGAUUGCAGGAAGAACAGACAGGAAAGAAAAGGACGGAAAAGCUCGAGUGGAUGUAUGCCACACCUUCCACAGGUACUGGUGCCAACGCCAACGACCUUGAGGAUUACUUGCUGGGUAAGAAGCGGGUCGAUAAAAUCCUCAUCGGGAAUGAGAACGAGAAGGUUGGAGCCUCUCACAAGAACUUCAUUGCAGUGCAAAAUGCCAACACCGCCCGCGAUACUGCCGCCAAAAUUCGCGAUGACCCUCUUCUCGCGAUAAAGCGGCAAGAGCAAGCUGCCUAUGAAGCCUUGAUGAGUAACCCACUGCGAUUGAAACAGCUGAAGGAGAAGGCUGGUAUCAAAGAUGACAAGAAGAAGGCUAAGGAGGAGAAGCGCAAACGGAAGGAGCAGCGACGGGCAGAGAGGGGGAGAGAAAGGGGCCGGGACGAGCGCAGGAGUGAUGAGACAGAUGAGGAUGACUACGAUGAUCGGAGGCGAUCCAAUGGGUACCGUCGUGAAAGGGAUUAUGAUCGCAGCCGCAAUCGCGACGACGACCGGGACCGCGCAUAUAGCCGUGGACGACGCGACAGUCGGUCGGAUUCACCCUAUUACGACAGGCGCUCUCUUUCUCCUCGCCGCAAUCGAGAGGAACGGUAUGCCUGCUCCCCUCCCCGUCGAUCCCCUCCGCGGCGUCGUGCUUCGGAUGACUCCCCACCACCUCGUGAACGCGAUCGAUCACCGUAUUCACGUCGUUCUCCGCCGCCUCGUGAAAGAUCUCCACCACCAAGGAGGCGUGUGUCCCCACCUCACCGAUCUCCCCCAUCGCGUCCCGCUGGUCGCAGCGUAGAGGACCUCGAGCGUGAUCGUGCAGCACGCCUUGCUGCCAUGUCGACCUCCGCGGUCCGACUCACAGAAGAGCGGAAAGAGCGACUGGAGAAACUACUUGAGCAGGAGAAGGUUGAGGCUGCCGCUGAAGAAGCGAGACGCAAGGGAAGCAAGGCUAGUUUCCUUGAGAGGGAGGAGAUGAGGAUGGUCGGUGGUGACAUGAGUCUGGAGGAACGAAUGAGGCGCAGUGGGAGGCAAGGGUUGCAGAGGAUUGAAGCUGACUAAUUCCUUUCAUGCAUCGACUUUCUUUGAUACAAUAUGCUGUACCGCUAUCCACUUGAAUACACGAAUGCAAUACAUAC